AUGGGCACGCUGGAGCUGUUUUGUGCUAUCUGUCGUAAAUGGUUCCAUGGACGAUGCUUGAAAGAUUUGACAGAUUUCUAUGGAUUGCCGUUUAUGGUAUGUUACGUGUUCAAUUGCGCCGAUUGUAGCUCAUCGAAAAAAGAAACGUGGACACCAAAGCAAGCAAAUUUUGCUCAUAUGUGCGUAACGGUGCUUGCAAAUCUUACACACAAUGCACGAACAAAAAGAGCAGAUGGCGGAGAGGAUGAUAUGACUGAUAGCAAUCAGCAGCUGAUAUUUUUUAACUUGGAAAAUGAGAUAAUACCCUAUUUCAAUGCACAGUGGGAAAAUCUCACAUCCAUGUCUCGGCGUGUGAAAAAUACUUGGCAUCAAACGUUGCAAAAAUCAUUGGCCAAAGAAACGGAAUUAUUUGUGUCGAGUGACGAUGGACAAAUGUUUGCACUUCGUGAACAUGAUCUCUCAGCGAUCGGGCCAAGCCAUGAGGCAUUGAAACAGAUUGGUCGGAGUAAACCACCAGCAGCAAGCUCAGCGCGUGAGUCCUCAAAAGAGAAUUUUGACAAAGUGGACGAGACCGGGGACGGCCCAAAAACGAGGGGCUCAUCGAAAAGACGCAAUGUCGAUACUUCCAGUUCGCUGAAAAAAACAAAAGUAACUGCUGAUUAUGCAUCAACACGUAUUGCCGGAAUUGCUGCGCCAAUCGACUUUCCGUUCAAUCGUGAGGGUUAUCGUUAUUAUCUCGUCGAAAAGGAUCUCACCGUCCCGAAUAGAGAUGUCUUUGAGUUGGAAGAAAGCACUUACAAUAAGCCAAUACCAGCACAUAUUUAUCGUGUUGUUGUUCAUCCAACAGUAACACUUUCUCCAAAUGAUCGCGCUUAUCAGUUGAAAUUAUCGGAAGAUCGAUUAUCAGUGAGUGGAUUUGAAGGAUACUGUGUUGCACGUGCCACCCAUCCAGUUUCCCAUGGUACCUGGUAUUUUGAAGUUAUCUUUACUGCGCAACCUCCGGAUUCACACAUACGGAUCGGAUGGAGUCAGGCCCUUGCACCGGUACAGGCCUGUGUUGGUUACACUCAACUUUCGUAUGCUUGGAGAAGCCUUAAAGGUACUGCAUUUCAUCAAGCCAAGGGUAAACAUUAUGCUACUGGUGGAUUUGCCGAAGGGGACGUUCUUGGUUGUUUAAUUUCGCUGCCGCCUUGUCCUGCUGACAGGGAUUAUGAUUUCUCUUCCCUGGAAUCACUGCCACCAUCAACUUCUUAUCUGCCGCAGUCCUAUAAAAAUUUGCCGUUGAUAAACUUUAAACACAACUAUUUUUACGAAGAGAAAGAUGAGUUGCAGGAUGUCUUGAAAAGUUUGAAGCCAGCACCCGGAAGUUGGGUAAGUCCUUUUCUGAGGCCCAGUUAA